GCAUACAGGACGUAUAAAUACAGUUGCUCGGGUCGUAGGCUUUUUUUGUUUGGAGAGACCUGCCAUCAUGCCUGAUCCAUCCAAAUCUGCUCCCGCGCCCAAAAAGGGCUCCAAGAAGGCUGUCACCAAGGCGCAGAAGAAGGACGGCAAAAAGCGCAAGCGCAGCCGCAAGGAGAGCUAUUCCAUCUACGUGUACAAAGUGUUGAAGCAGGUGCACCCCGACACCGGCAUCUCGUCCAAGGCCAUGGGCAUCAUGAACUCGUUCGUCAACGACAUCUUCGAGCGCAUCGCCAGCGAGGCUUCCCGCUUGGCGCAUUACAACAAGCGCUCGACCAUCACGUCCCGCGAGGUGCAGACGGCCGUGCGCCUGCUGCUGCCCGGCGAGCUGGCCAAGCACGCGGUGUCCGAGGGCACCAAGGCCGUCACCAAGUACACCAGCUCCAAGUGAGGCGCGCCGGCCGCCCCGGAACCCAAAGGCUCUUUUCAGAGCCACCCACAUGAUCGAAAAAGGGUUUCGAACACGGUGAAGGGUUGUCCUGUGAACCAGUUUUGUUAUGUGCACCUUAGCGGUUUGCUGGUUAUUGGGUCCGUGUGUGCGUGCGCCAGCGUCUAUGUGCGUGGAAUACGAGAGUGUGUAACUAACUGGGGUGGUAACCGGCCUGGCGGUCAAGAAUUCCGUGUCCACUCUCCUCUCUGUCCAGGGUUAUUGAUGCAUCGCCAGGAGAAGUAGGUGCCUUGAGCCCUCCGUCCUUUGGUGGCUGCAGAGGGUGGACUCCCAGGCCUAGGCCUGUCUGCACGCGGCGAGCGCCUGUGGGUGAGGGGUGUGCGGGUCACUUCUUUCAGGAGGUGUCAGUCCCCCCUCCCCAGUGUCCCUGAUGAAUGAACCUGGGAAGUGAAGUCUUGGGUGUUGCGCGGCUCCGGGCGGUGGCUCCUGGAACUGCAGUCCCUGCCUGGACCAGACAUCUUGAUCCUGAAGCAGCGAACAUUUUCGGGAGGAUGUUUGCGUGGCUGGACCUUGUAAAAGCAAAAUGUUUGAAACCGAAAGGGAGAUGGAAGCGUCCUGCGCGCGGAAGCCAGAUGUAAUAAGCCGACCGCUGCUGCGGGCAGCUUUGCCCUAUAUGGGGAUGGGGGAGAGCAAUUCAGGAGGAAAGUGAUUACACUUUCCUGUACUUCCCCUUUUUCUGGACAAAUUAGCUCCCUCCUCUUUCAGCCACAUUAUUUUCUGUGAGGCGUUAGUGACGCAGAAAUUCCCCUUCGAAUUUAUGGCGUUUAUUUGGGAAGAAUCAUCGUGGCUCAGGGAAAGCGCUUUGGCACGAAGAGCCUUUACUUGGGAAAGCUUUGGCUUUUAUUUGUAAAUAGGGGAUUCCUGACAAGCACUCCUAGAGCCGCUCUGAGCUUGAGAUGUAUUGAGAAGUCGUGUCCUCGGCUCAGGCAAGGAACAGACAUUCAAUGGAAGGUAACAGUGGUGUGUUGCAAAUCAUCUCCAAAGGAAGCCGGUCGGGUGCUGGGUUGGGCGGGAGGGCCUGGGAACGUCACCAUCUGAGCGCCCUCCGCCCCAGCGGCUGGACGCCCACCCACCCUGUGCCUUCUCCUGCGUGGGUCCAGUCUAAAGGAAUUUAAAACCUGACACGUUUUUCAGUUGGCAUCUAAAAUAUUUUUAUUUUUAAUUGUAAGAGUUACAAGGGCACAAUUCCCAAUGUAGGACAUAAAAAGCAAAAUGGUCAUCUCAAAAAAAUUAAAGGAAAAAUUUAAAUAUGUAUUUUUAAGGUUCCUGAGCCUUGACACAUUUUCAAAUAAUGCUAUUAUAAAAAUCUUUUUAUUGAAAUGUGGGUGACACACGGGCGCAUCAAUCUUUCAUUUUUAUUUUAUUUUAUUUUUUUCGCAUCAAUCUUUUAAAGGCAUCUAUUGAAAUAGCAAUUUGAUACCAUAAUCCUUUCAUAGAACACAUGAUCACCUGUGAGAUAGCCUACAUGCUCCUUUUUUUCUCCCUGAACUCAUUCCCAUUAUACUUCUGCCUCAGGAUUUCAUCCAAAUGUAAGCUAUAUUUAAAGUGUUUUAUCUAUUACCUUUCAUUUAAAAAUACUAUGUAAAUUGAAAUUUAAAAAUACUUGCAGGUGAAAAUAGUGUUUUAGAAAAUCAUCUGUGCAGUACACAAUUGUUGAAAACAUAAGUUCUGAUAGCUAAUUAUCAAAGAUAGAUGACUGUAAUUCUUAAACAAGUAGAAUUUUGGGGAACCUACCUCA